AUGGCGUCUGCUGAUCUGAGACAGGAGCUGGACUGUUCCAUCUGCCUGAGCAUUUAUACAGAUCCUGUAAAUCUGAGAUGCGGUCACAACUUCUGCCGGGUCUGUAUUGAUCGUGUGCUGGAUACACAGGAGGGGUGUGGAGUUUAUACCUGUCCUGAAUGCAGAACAGAGUGUCAGGAGCGUCCUGCACUGCAGAGGAACAUAACGCUGUGUAACAUAGUGGGGAGUUUCCUGUCUACUCGGCCAGAUCAGGAGGAGACUGGGAUCUUCUGCACUUACUGUAUUCACUCUCCUGUACCUGCUGCUAAAUCCUGUCUGCAUUGUGAGGCUCAUCUGUGUGAUAAUCACCUGAGAGUACACAGCAAGUCAGCAGAACACGUCUUAUGUGAUCCCACCACUGCCCUGGAGAACAGGAAAUGCUCCGUCCAUAAGGAGCUCUUCAAAUAUUACUGCACUAAGGACUCUGCCUGUAUCUGUGUGUACUGUUCAGCUGGAGAACAUCGGGGACACCAGGUGGAGAUCCUGGAUGAGGCCUUCGAGAAGAAGAAAGAGAAGCUGAGAGAUGUUCUGCAGAAACUGACCAUAAAGAGUGCGGAGACUGAGAAAAGAGUGCAGAGUCUGCAGGAGCGCAGGAGAGAAGAUCCAGUAAAAGCAGCUGGUAUAACAGAGAGUGUCACUGCCCUGUUUAGGGACAUCAGGAGACAGCUGGAAGACCUGGAGAAGAGAGUCCUGAGUGAGAUCUCCAGGCAGGAACAGCGCGUUUCACUCUUAGUCCCUGAUCUGAUCCAGCAGCUGGAAAUAAAGAAGGACGAGCUGUCCGGGAAGAUGCGUCACAUUGAGGAGCUGUAUAACAUGUCUGAUCCAGUGACUGUCUUACAGGAACCAGACACAAGUGAUGUGUGUGAUUCUGAGGACACAGAGAGACAUGAUACCCAGGUCCGUGGUGCAGGAGAUCUGGAUGCGAGUCUCAUCUCAGGGAAAUUACAUAUAUUAUUUGAUAUAAUAGCAGGGAUAAAUAGAGGGAUCUAUGUGCCGGAACCUACAGAUCUAUUAUUAGAUGUAGCCACAGCUGGUAAUGAUAUACAGAUAUCAUAUGACAAGAAAACUGCAUCCAGGUCAGAUAUACACCAGAAUCGUCCAGUAACACCAGAGAGAUUUCAGAGUCCUCAGGUAAUAAGCACCAGGGGAUUCUCCUCAGGGCGACAUUACUGGGAGGUGGAUGUCAGUAAAUCAGAUGAGUGGAGGGUGGGGAUGUGUUACCCCAGUAUAAGCAGACGAAAUCACUCAAUCAUUGGAGAUAAUAAGAAGUCCUGGUGUCUGUGUAGGUGUAAGGAGGUUUGGUACUAUCCGUACUUAUUGCUACAUGACAGGUACGAGAUCCGGAUUGCUGGCAAUAUCCACUGUUAUAGAGUGAGGAUAUGUCUGGAUUAUGAGGCAGGACAGCUGUCCUUUUAUUCUCUGUGUGACCCCAUCAUACACUUACAAACCUUAAAUGCCACCUUCACUAAGCCCCUACAUGCUGCAUUAUGGGUAGGGGAUGGGUGUAUAACUAUAUCUGGGGGAGUCAGGAGCUGGGAGAGAUAAGAAAUCUGCCCAGAGACUGGUGACGUCACAGGGGGAGGGGAUCUGACUGAUGAAACACUUAGCCAAUAGAGUGAUGGUGAUUUAUGUCUGUCUCACUAAUGCUGCGUACACACAGACCAAUAUAUUGGGCGUUCUACUGAAUGGCCGAUAUAGCACUGUGUGUACCAACAAUAUGUCUGUGAACACAGUCGUUCAAAGACAUAUUGCGUCGGCCCUGCAGCACACACGAUGACCAGUAUAUCUACAGAUAAAUUGGUGCAUCAUUGUGUGUACGGGCAUUCCGCCAACUGCCAGAAAACAUGCCGCAGCAGCCGAUGGUGAUUGGCUGCUAAACUGGGCGGGCACAUGCAAAUGUCCGCCCAGUUUGUGACACCAUUCACAACGGAUCGGGCAGUAUGUAUGCACAGCACACUGCCCGAUCCGGCUAUAGAUAUAUCUACAGAUCCAUUGAUCUGCAGUUGUAUCUACAAGUGUGUACCCAGCAUUAGAGCUGUGAUUGGCUGCAGUAACUGUCAGUCAGUGUAUACCCUAUGACUAGUCAGCUCUAUGCUUGCUCCUAUUGGCUGCAGUGUAUGAAGAUGGUGUUGUCCCUGUAAAGUUCCACCUAUUGGGGGGUUCCAUGUGUUUCUUACAUAACACAAGAUAGAAUGGACUACAAAUCCCAGCAUGUCUCUCUAGGGGCUCAUUUAUCAAGCACAUUUGCAAUGCUAUUUGGGUGUGAUGUUAGCACCAGACUCGUAUUGGAGAAUGUGAUUGCACCACUCGGAUGUACAGUGUGAUGCGGCACAUGCAGGGUCAGGGGAUCUGUAAGGAUCCUGUCCGUGCGAUGCUUUCACAUCAGAGCCGGCACUCCUGUACAUGUGCGUUCCGCUGACCACGCAUGUGAGGCAGCUAUUGCCAGGGAGGGUUCCGCUGCUUUCUGCGAUCUGUAGCCCAUAGGCUACAGCAGUAUAAUGCCAUCUUCAGAUGGCGGCAGCUACAGGGACCAACCUGUGGGGUGCAUCACAUUCCGGAGCUUGGUAAGUCUGGCAGCAUCGCAUCCCCCAUAGAAACCUAUGUGGCUGCAGGUACUGGCGGGAAUGGAAGGACUGCAGCAGAUAUAUCCAUAAUACAUGCUGGUGAUACUAAAUAUUUGCGUUUACCCCUAGAACACAGGUGUUUUCUGGGAAUAAACCGAAAUUAUGUAAUUAUAAAUGGCCCCAUAAUCUUUACUGACUGGACAUUUGUCACAUUCAUAAAAUAUCAUUAUUAUUUCUCUAUGACAGAAAUACUCAUUAUACAGUCUCCACCUUAUACAGAUGUCAUGGCAGCUGUUAUAUAGACUGUAUCUAACCAACCAAUAACACUUAGAAGAACAUUAUUUUAUAUAAUUCAUCCACACAAUAUAACCCCCCCUAAAAUAUAUAUAUAUAUAUAAAGUUUUGCAAACUUUUUUCUUUUGUAUCACGUCCCAAAAAUUGUUUAACCACUUGCCUUGUGUGAUUGCAUCAUAUGCGACCACACCAGGCGAUGUGUUAUCUUACAUGGUCGCAAACAAUGUCAGAAAUGAAGAGUAGUCGGCUGCCGGAAGAUAAUCUUCUAGCAGCCACCAUUCACAAGCGACCUCCCAUCCCCGAAUGCAUUCCUGCCCAAAUGUCUGCCGAUCAUUACUGAUCAGUCAGCACGGAAGAUCCCCCCCAAGCAGCAGCUGCAGAGAGGAGCAGCAGCCUGGGAAAUGUAAAUGAACACCCUCAGUACCUAAAAUUAAAAAAAUCCUAGAAUUUGUUUUUGUUUU